AGAAAUGUUGUGUCUGGCCCUUUAAGUGCAGGAUAAAGACGUAUAGCUCCGUGGUGAGUGAGCUCCAUUGCCGCGUCUGGGAUUUUAUUUAGCGUUUUCUAUGUGGCUGUUGUCCACUACUCGUAUUAUUUUUUCAAUUAAUCAAACGUUAUGAAGAAGAUGUGUAUGAGAUGAUAAACAUUCUUCAGGGGAAAGGGACGCGGUGUUCGUUUGACAGAUUUUUCGUGCGUAAUACACUCGGACGUCCUGAAGCUCAGGCAGGGUCCACUCAUCUUACCCAGAGGACUUCACACUAACAAGCCAUGGAGGACAAGCGUAAGAAGCGGAGCCCCAAGGUGUCUCUACCCCAGCCCCCUCCCCCCCCGGUCAACCCCCGUAAGCUCUCAGUCCUACCCUCCAGUAAGAGUGCCACCUUCUCCCUUGGCCUCCCCCAACCCCCCUCCCCCAAAAACAGAGGCAAGUUCAAGAGGUCCAUUGGGGCAGUAGGACAGUCCAAAGAUGUGCUCAGUGUGGUCGUAGCAGCUCCACCAAAGACCACAAGGCCUCACAAGGAGAAGGCCAGGGCUCCCCAGCCAGCAGGGCCCAGUAAGAUGGCCCAGUCCUCCCCGCUGCAGCACUCAUUCCUCACGGAUGUGUCUGAUGUGAGAGAGAUGGAGGGAGGCCUCCUCAACCUGCUCAAUGACUUCCACUCCGGAAAACUGCAGGCUUUUGGGAAGGUUUGCUCCUUUGAGCAGCUGGAGCAUGUGCGUGAAAUGCAGGAGAAGCUUGCACGGCUACACUUCAGUCUGGACAGCCAUGUGGAGGAGCUGUCAGAGGACAAGAGGAAGUGUGCCUCUGACCACAACCUGGAGCACCUGCUCUGCAAUCUGGAGGAACUCAGCAGCUCAAUACAAAAACUACACCUGGCUGAAAACCAGGAUCUGCCCAAGACGUCUGGACCUUGACAAGGCAGAUCAGGAUGACAGAUUGCUCAUCUUCCCACAACGACAAGGAAAGGUUGCCAUGAUAUUGAUCCAACUGCCUUAGCACCAAAACUGGGCCAUAUAAAGCCCCUGGUUAGAUCAUGAUUUGUAUAUGAUUGAUUCAAUCAGGUGUCAACUGUCAAGCACAUCAACUGUGAUCUAGCGAUAAAUACUCCACAUUCAUAGCACAAGUUCUGCUUAUUUUAGUUAUUGCACUGUGCUUUAGCCUACAUCUUUUGUCAAGGAGUAUUCCGAAAGUUCAAGAAUAGCCUUUGAACUUAUACUUGUAUAGAGUGCAGUGGCAGGGUACGCUAAUGAAUCCGGUUGUUAUGUGUGUGUGUGUAAACAUCUGUAAAGGAGACAAGAUAUCCACCAUCUUUAUCCAACUCCCUGUUUCAGAGGCACACAUACUUUAUAAUAUAAAGGAGAACAUUUGCUGUAAUGUCAGGCAUUGAUAUUGUGCAUUUUCUCAUUCAUUGUCAUAUGAUCAUGUCUUUACCGAAAUGAAGGACAUCAUUAUAUAUCUUUGAUUGCUAAAUAUAUGUACACAGCCAUAUAAUCAACUGUAGCAGAAAUAACAUGUUAGCCCAUGUUGUCAGUCACUGUGGGUCAGCUCAGCACCUUGGGAUGUUCGCCCUGAUUUUAAAACCUUCUAGCAAAACAUUUAUGAUUAGGAGGGACACACUGGAUGUGGUGGUUAGAAAUACAAUGUUUGUAAAUCUUUUAUGCUUUAUAAAGCAGAAGAGAGUACUUGAACAGUGUGAGAUAUAAAUUGUAUGUUUUGGUGAAAUUUAAAUAUGUGAGCUAAUGUCUAAAAUGGAUUACUACAGUCUGAACAUGUCCUUGUAGUUUCUCAAACUGGACAUUUUCUCACAGCUAUGUCAAGAAAUUGUUCAACCAAGAUAUAAUGAAACUUGCUGGCUCUGCGUUGGCACUGAGCUGCCUUAGCUUAGAAUAUUCAGGCAUUUGAGGCUCAGCAGUAGCAGCAGCAACCCUCCAAAGCACAAGCCAGCCCAACCAGCCACUGCAAUGCUGUAAAACGGAUGGACAAACAUUUAGGCCAUGGCUAUUUACCCUUAUCCACGAAUGGGAGAUGUAAAAUGAAAUUGUGGGUGUGAACAUCUGAUGCAUGUGUAUGCAGAGAACAUGUUGUAGAAACAUGCAUAAACACACACACUGCAAGAUACUACAUUGAAAGAACAUUAUGCAGUAUGUCUCGGGUUGAGUCCAAAGAGUGUUGUACUAGUCAGGUCAUUUUGGGACUUAAUUUUUGCAAAGUAGUUUAAACUCUUCAUGUUAGAAACCAAUAACCAUCAUUUUCACAAGGCAGCUGCUCUCCAUUUGCUGUGAUUUUCAUACAAGUUGCUAAACUCUAAACCAAACUAGUAUGCCUAGAUCAUAUACUCAUUUCUAAGAUGAUUAAUGUGUCAUUGGUUUUAAAAGUUCUGCAUGUAGUGUGUAUGGGACCAGAGAGUAACUUUCUUUGGUCCAUUAGAAGUGUAAGAUACAACACCUUUGUUUUACUUCACCUUGCCAAGCCUACCUCUUUUUCCAAUAUGGCCUGGACCUGAGUCCUAUAAGAACUGUAGCUUCUGACUACUAGGACCCUGUUACAUAUCUGUCAAUGAGAACUACCGUCUCAAGGAACUUGACAUUUUAUACAAUCUUGUCUUUUGCUUUGCUAUUAAAGCCCUGUGUUUUGCGCAAUUUUGUCACAUGACCAGGGGUGUAUUCAUUACAUAAAUAGUUUACUGUUUAAGAACCAAACGGAAUAAAACGGGGAGGUACCUACCUGUCCAAUAGAAACUCUAGUUUGCAUGUUCCGUUUGGAGUAAAUGGUUUUGUUGCAAAACGAAUCGAUGUAAUUACUACACCCCUGGAUUUUUUAAAGAUUUAACAAAAGGUCCCAUUUUCUUUUUAUGUCAGAUGGUCCAGCACCAUCCUUAGACAAUUGCUUACAUUUUUGGUGUGGUGCUCAUUAAAAUGCUUAAAAUAAAGGUUAAAAUCUAGGUCAUGUGACAUGAAAGCCCAAAACACAGGGCCCUAACUUUGUCAUUUAACCCCUGCAAAACUAAUUGUAUUUAUUUACUUGUAAAUAAAAGCAAAUCAGUGACA